AUGCCUUUGUUUACCACUAGUUCGCCAUUCGACGCCGACGUCGAAAAGGCCACUGAUGAAAUGAACACAGCAGAAAACUGGCGUCUUAUACUUGACAUUUGUGAGAAAGUGAAUAGACAGCCCACUGGUGCCAAAGACUGUUUGAAAUCCAUUGUGAAAAGAAUGAACCACAGAGUGCCCUUUGUUGCCAUGCAAGCUUUAACUCUAUUGGAUGCCUGUGCCAGCAACUGUGGCCGGCCGUUUCAUCUGGAGAUCUGCUCCAGAGACUUUGUUACAGAAUGCCGGUCAUUGAUCUUUCAAAAGGCACAUCCAAAAGUGGCACAGAAACUCAAAUUGAUGAUCAAAGCCUGGACAGAGCUGCCUGAAUUCAGGGAUGAUCCAGCCCUCAGUUUAAUAUCAUCAUUCUGUGAAAGUUUGAAGAAAGAAGGAAUCGACUUCAGUGACACAGAAGCAAAGAAAUCUGCAUCAAAUCCAUCAGUAUUAAAAAAGGAAGAAGAAGAUUUAGCAAAAGCCAUUGCCUUGUCUUUGCAACAAGAACACAGCAAGUCGACCAGCGGGAGAUCUGUCAGCAGCGAGACAGCGGGCAGAAGUAGUGCUCUUUAUCCUGGGCAUUCUGGCAGUCAGCAGGUUCCAUCCAAACCCGCACACAAGGAGAUCAGAAAGGUUCGAGCAUUGUAUGACUUUGAGGCCGCCGAGGACAAUGAGUUGACCUUUAAGGCUGGCGAACUAAUUUGUGUUUUGGAUGAUGGAGAUCAGAAUUGGUGGAAGGGUUCCAACCACAGAGGAGAAGGCCUGUUCCCAGCUAACUUUGUCACUGCAGACUUAACAGCUGAAGUUCGACCAGAAGUUACAGUGAAAGAGAAGAAAUCUGUACAGUUCAAUGAGGAGGUUCAAGUGAAAACUCUGAGUCUGUCGCCUGGAGAGGAGGAGGAAGUUGAUGAGGCAAAAAUCGAUGAAGCUCUGAAUCUGAUUCAGAAUGCAGAUCCUACAGGGGAGAUAGAAGUUGACAGUGAUCACCUGCUUCUCUUGGAAGAACAGUGCCGGUCUAUGGGGCCAUCAAUUGAUGCAGAACUGGAGAUCGUAGACAAGAAACACGCCUGCCUUGUGGAGCUAAACAAAAGAGUGAUGGAAGCCCUGCAGAUGUACCACGGCUUGAUGAAGGAGACACUGGCGUAUGGUUACAGUAAUCUACAGAUGUCCCAGGGUGUACCUGGCAUGUAUGCUUCCAUGCAACCACCAGCCGGCAGCAUCAUCGGCAGUCUUCCACAGGGUUACAGUAGCUAUCCACACAUGGUUUCUGGAGAAGCAGGAAUUGCAGCUGGUCAUCCGGCUUCAAGUCAUCUGAACAAUUCACAGAGUUAUCUGCACAUGGCACCAUCCAAUCAGCAAUCAUUUCCUGGUCAAACAGCAGCCCAGAUCAACAGCUUCCCUUCAUCAGCAGAUGCAGCAGUGACAGGCAGCCACAUGCCAGCUCCACAGCUGCCACAUGUGGGUGGGGCCCCAGCCACUUACAACCCAACUCCACCAUCUGUCACAAAUAUGUACACCUCUCCACCCUCAAGGCAGACUCGUACGUUAUAG